UCAAGUUGCUCACCGUUUGAUAUUCAAUAGAUUCCAUUGGAGAAGCUGACACGAUGAGAACGAGACUGAGUGGUCUCGUGCAUCAACCACUUAUCUAUUUCUGAGUUGGAUGUUACUUCUGUAACAACAACAACAUUUGUGUCUGUCAUCUAUGGCUUCCCAUGCUGCUCUGCUUCAGCUUCAUGUUCCUCCUCCUCUUUCAAUUCCCACACAACGUUUCUACCACAAACAGAUAUGCAUAAAUAGACUCAAACCCUCCACAACCACCACUUCUUCUUCUUCUUCUUGGUUUCCAUGCUCCAGAACACGAAGAAGAUUUAGCUCAUCAGUGAUUGUAUGCUCCUCUUCAAAUGGUAAAAGCUCGGAUUCUGGGGAUGAUGGUAUCAAGAGCAAACAACGAGCUGAAUUAUCUGCUAGGAUUGCCAAAGGAGAAUUCACCGUGAAUAAGCAAUCCGGUUUCCCUUCAGAUUUGAAGAAGAGCUUGUCACAAGUGGGGGUGCCCAAUGAAAUUCUGGAUUUUUUAUUUGGUUGGAUUGAAGGGGGUGGCUAUUACCCAAAAGUUCCUGAGGCAAAAGGGUCAAUCAAUGCCGUUCGAAAUGAGGCCUUCUUCAUUCCCUUGUAUGAACUUUACCUCACAUACGGUGGGAUUUUCAGGUUAACAUUUGGACCAAAGUCCUUUCUAAUAGUAUCCGAUCCAUCUAUUGCCAAACACAUAUUGAAAGACAAUGCAAAGGGCUAUUCCAAGGGUAUCUUAGCUGAGAUCCUAGACUUCGUGAUGGGGAAAGGGCUUAUCCCAGCUGAUGGGGAAAUAUGGCGUGUUAGGCGACGUGCUAUUGUCCCAGCACUGCAUCAGAAGUAUGUAGCAGCUAUGAUUGGCCUUUUUGGACAAGCUACAGAUAGGCUCUGCAAGAAGCUAGAUACUGCUGCAUCUGAUGGAGAAGAUGUGGAGAUGGAGUCACUUUUCUCUCGAUUGACCUUGGACGUCAUUGGCAAGGCAGUAUUCAAUUACGACUUUGAUUCUUUAUCCAAUGACACGGGUAUAAUUGAGGCUGUUUAUAAUGUGCUGAGAGAAGCAGAAGAUCGAAGUGUUUCUCCAAUUCCAACAUGGGAGAUCCCAAUAUGGAAAGACAUAUCCCCUCGUCAAAAGAAGGUUAAUGCAGCUCUCAAAUUGGUCAAUGAUACGCUUGAUGAUCUGAUAGCAAUAUGCAAGAGAAUGGUCGACGAAGAAGAGUUGCAGUUUCAUGAGGAGUACAUGAAUGAACAAGAUCCAAGUAUCCUGCACUUCUUGUUAGCAGCCGGAGAUGAUGUGUCAAGUAAGCAACUUCGUGACGACUUGAUGACAUUGCUCAUUGCUGGACAUGAAACAUCAGCUGCAGUUUUAACUUGGACCUUUUAUCUUCUGUCCAAGGAGCCUAGUGUCAUGUCCAAGCUCCAAGAAGAGGUCGACUCUGUACUUGGAGAUCGAUUUCCAACUAUUGAAGACAUGAAGAAACUAAAAUAUACAACUCGUGUGAUCAAUGAGUCAUUGAGGCUUUACCCACAACCACCUGUGUUAAUUCGUCGCUCUAUUGAUGAUGAUGUUCUUGGAGAGUAUCCCAUAAAAAAAGGUGAAGAUAUCUUUAUAUCUCUCUGGAACCUGCAUCGCAGUCCACAUCUGUGGGAUGAUGCUGACAAGUUUGAACCUGAAAGAUGGCCUUUAGAUGGACCUAACCCUAAUGAGACGAAUCAAAACUUCAGGUAUUUACCCUUUGGUGGAGGACAACGAAAAUGCAUAGGUGACAUGUUUGCUACAUUUGAGACUGUAGUAGCACUUGCAAUGCUUGUGAGACGGUUCAAUUUUCAAAUGGCAAUUGGAGCUCCACCAGUUGUGAUGACCACUGGAGCCACAAUUCACACAACACAGGGGUUGAACAUGACGGUAACACGCAGAAUACAACCUCCUAUUGUGCCCUCAUUACAUAUGUCAACAGUGGAAGUGGAUCAGAUGAGUCAGAAAGACCAAGUUUAUCAGGCUCAGUCCUAAUUUCUUGUGUAGCACAUUAUCAGUCAUACAAGAUAAAAUGAGUGGAGGGGGAAAUAAUAGGUGUAGUGUCUUCUUCUUUCUUCCAGGUGCUCAGGUGAAUUAUGUGGUGAGGCUUUAUUCCCCCAAUAACCCCCCCACAUCCAUUGACUUUUACCAAGGAAGCGAGUAAAACUUCAAAUCCUUCACCUCCUUAUAAUUAUAAUUCUUAUUGUUUCAAAAAAAAAUUCUUAUUAAAAAGUACAAUUCUUAUUACAAAAUGCAAUUCACGAAUUAUAAAUU